AUGACGCGUGAGACGUCGGAGGGACAGCCGUCAACGUCUUCUCGCGAUGAUCGUUCCGUUUUGAAGCGGUGCGAGGACGUGCGCGAGCGGUUGGACUCGGCGUUGGCGAGCGCAAAGGCACUCGCGGGUGUCCCGCUCGAGCGGGACGCGAUGACACGAAGCGCCAGGGCGUGUCGGUUUCGAGUCAAUCGAUUGCGGGAGCGGUUGGAGAGAGGUUUUGAGGGUGGUAAAAAAUGCGUCGGUGCGGUAGUUUUGGAGGCGGAUGAUUCGAUGGUGAAGAUAUUGGACGCUGACGUGGCGGUUACGGAGGCGCCUGAUGUUACAGACGACGACGUCGGGGAGGUGGAAUCUAGGGAACAAGAGACAGCGUCGUACGAGCGAACGAUCUCGUUUUGGCGCGAGCUAGAGGAAGAUGAUUCCCCGUCCACAGCGCUAUUGCUGCAGUUGGUGCGAUUGGCGCUGAACGGAGUUCCAGAGGGCGGCGCGGUGAGCGCGAGAGAGCUCGCGAGACGGAGUCGACCAACGGAUAUCGACGAAGACGCCGAGCUCUCCGUCAGUGCGCUGUAUCGCUCGGCGGAUGAUUUGAUUACGCGCGCGAGUUGUGCGAAUUUCGGGUCGGGAUUCUUGGCGGGACUCGGUGGACUUUUAUCUUUACCGGUCACUAUUCCAGGUCAGCUCGCGGUGACGACAUUUACGUCGCUGCGAUUGGCGUUUGCGAUCGCGAUAUUAGCCGGUCGCGGUCCGUUAGAUCCAGCGACCGCAGCGCGAGCCAUUCAAGCCGCACUCGGGGUGGACGUUACUGGCGACGACGAUGACGACGCUUUGAGCGUCAAGACGGCGAGCGCGAAGGAGGGCAUGAUGCACGCGGCGAUUCGUGGAUCCGGCACGGCGCUUCAGGGUGCGUCGUGGCGUCUGAUGCGCGUCGCUGCGACCAAGCUCGCGCAGAGAGGGGUGCAGAGGGGGGCUUCAAUGGCUGUGACGAGAGCGGUGCCCAUCAUCGGUGGCGUCAUCGGCGGCACUGUCGACGGCGUGCUCACGCGAACCGUCGGCGCUCGGGCUGUGGAGUUAUUCUUUCCACCUCGACCCAGCGGCGUGAAGCCAAACGGUGCACUCGGCGAACACGCGGAACAGGCGGUGGCAAACUUAAAAAUUGCCGCCGAGAGCGCAGCGAGCUCGCUCAACGGCGCGUUUGAUUCGCUUUCAGCAUCCUUUAAGAAGAGCUUUGGUUCGCGCAGGGACAACGCUUCCAGCGCCGGCGACACGCCGACGAGCGUCGGAUACCAAUCGAGCGAGCUUCAGGAUGACUCAUGGGAGAGAUUUGAGCGCGAGCUUGAGCUCGAGAGCAUGCGCGAGAUCCUCGAGGACGGGUAUCAAUCGAAGCGUCGCGAUGUUGUCACUCCGCCGGCGUCGUCGCCGACGAAAUCCGACCCCGCCAAGGACGCCGAGCGCGCUGCUAAACGCGCGGAGAAAGACAUCUUAUGGGCCGAACACGAAGCCGAGUGGAAGGUGUUCUCCGAGGACCACUCUGACUCCACCGGUCCGCGUAAGCGCCUCGUGCGCUACCGUGAUGUCCCGUGGCCUCCGUCCACCUCCCGCGUCCUGCUCGGAUCCGCUGGCCGCGACGCCACCCCUGUCGACGUCAGAGAUGCCUACCGAAGACUCAUCUUACGGUGGCACCCCGAUCGCUUCGCCCGAUACGCCCUCGAUUCGAGAGAUUCGUCGAGAAUCAACGCCAAACUCGCCGCACUCGCGAGUGCCAUCAAGGACCAAUACGCCGCGUUCCAAACUUCUUGUUAG